UUAAAACGGCCAAAAUUUAUAUACGGAAAUGGACCAACUUCACCGUUUGAGUUGUCCAUUCACUUGGAAAAUGAAGAAUGUGGUUUCGACUCCAGAAAGUCUUUUGUUGGAUGUCAGCCAAUCUGAGUUUAAAUGGAAUACUGAAACUGAUGAGGAACUAGGAAGCUUUAUUCUAAUGAAGUUAAUGUACUCGGUGAUGCUAGCUUUCGAAAAUGGAGAAAAAGGUGGUUUAGAAGAAGCGAUGCAAAAGAUUAAAGAAUCGGAAGAGAUUUUUAUUAAAUUGCAAAGUAUGCCAAAUGGUAUAUCUAUAAAGGCAGUAGAUCAUAUUAUUAAAAGUACAAAAUGCUUUAUUCUGAAAGAAAUGAAAAGAUUUUCUGACGUAACAAAUAUAUUAAAGUCUAUUGAUUCUUGUGAUAAAGAAAAACUUGAAAUCGGUACUUUGUAUGGGUGUCAAAGCAUCGCAUGGUCAUUCUAUUUUGCUGCUGAACGCGAUAAGGCUAUUCAAAAUGCAUCAAAAGCUAUUGAAUUAAAUUCCCGCAAUGGACUAUGGCAUUUCAGCCUUGGAAAAUUUUUAAAGCGUAAGAGAAGAUACUAUGAAAUUGGUACUAAAAUAAGAAUACAAGAACAAACAGCGUUUAAAAAUGCAUUUGAUUUAUUACCCACCAACCCAUAUGUUGGAAUCUAUUGCGCUCAAAUGUACCGUGAGUCGUACGAUUUGAAGAAUGCAGAAAGAGCAUAUACCAAAGUAUUCGCCAUGAAACCUGACAUUUGUUUUAUUUAUCUCAAAUUGGCAUUUGGAUUUAUUCGUACCAAAAACUGUGAAAAGGCCUCCGAAUGCUUGAAAUAUGUAGCUUCAAGGACUCCAAAAGAUGAGAUAUAUCUUCACUACAAAGGAAUAUAUCUUAAAAACUGUGAGAAGGAUUAUGAGGUAUGA